CUGCUCCAUCCAGACAACGUUAGACUCGUUAGCCCAAAGCCCAGCAAUGAUGGCGCCAACUUGGACGCAGUAGCGUGCAUAUUUCCUGCCCUCAAGAAUACGAAGUACCCCGGGUUCAAACGCGAGCCCUGCGACAGUCUUCACAUACAUCCUCCAAUUCCUCUAAUCCACACAUUCGCAUGGCUUAUGGGAGGUCUUCAAACCAUCCAGCAGCGUUGACUAUGUCCUAGGCAUACGAAGUGAGGCCCCCUGGUCUCUCUCUAUCUUUGGUCUAUCACCUCGUAGACCAACAUCUUUGGCAACAACCCGACCUUGUGUGACUUGCACCUGGUGCUUUGGUCCAUCCAUCAGUCGCUCGCCGCACCUUGUCCGACACUGCCGCCGCAACAGCCUCAAUGCGCAUUCCGCUCUCAGCUGUACUCGCAGCUCCCUCUUCGAUCGACCGACUGUAUCCGCUUCCACUGUUGGGCAAUGGACAUUCGCAGCCAGGAGAGGGUGACUCGCCCAUACGCGAGUGGUCGUCGUUCAUUGGCAUUAGCACAGCAAUUGUUGGGAACCUUCUCAUCUCUUUUGCCUUGAACACUCAAAGAUAUGCCCACAUACGGAUAGAGCGCGAACACAAAGCAGCCAGACAAGCCGCAAGGACGAAUGGCCCUACCACUGGUAAUUCCAGUGGCUACGGGACGCUGCCGCAGGGGGAAACCGCAGAAGCUCGGGUUCGUGCACGCCUUGGUUCUCGGCCAAUACGCGAUGGAAACGACGAAUCCUCCUUACGGCCUUCGUUACAAUCGGCCAACUCGAGACAUCACCAGGAGAAGGAGGACGACGAGGACGGGGGAAGAGAAUCCUAUCUCAAGUCUCCAUACUGGUGGCUGGGCCUCGUUCUGAUGAUUAUCGGCGAGGCCGGUAACUUUCUGGCUUACGGCUUCGCUCCGGCAUCAAUCGUGAGCCCAUUGGGCGUUGUUGCUCUCAUCUCAAACUGUAUGAUUGCUCCACUUAUGCUGAAGGAACGUUUUCGAAAGCGGGAUCUUGGUGGAGUCCUUGUUGCAAUCACCGGCGCGGUUGUCGUCGUUCUCUCCGCAAACACAAGCGAGGAAAAGUUUGGACCUGGCGAGUUGUGGCGAACUAUCAAGAGAUGGGAAUUUCUUUUGUAUGUCAUACUCACUUUCAUUGCCAUUGUGGCUCUUAUGUGGGCAAGUCCCAAGUACGGCCGGCGCACGAUCCUGGUUGAUCUCGGUCUAGUGGGCUUGUUUGGAGGAUAUACUGCUUUGUCGACAAAAGGUGUUGCUUCUCUUCUUUCUGCAUCUCUUUACAAGGCAUUUGCAUUUCCCAUCACUUAUUUUCUAAUCGCCGUCCUCGUCGUUUCUGCUCUGAUGCAGAUCCGCUAUCUCAACCGAGCCCUUCAGAUUUACGACUCCACUCAAGUCAUUCCGACUCAAUUUGUCCUCUUCACACUUUCCGUCAUUCUUGGUUCCGCCGUGCUAUACCGGGAUUUCGAACAUACCACAGGCGAUCAAGCAACAAAGUUUAUCAUCGGUUGUCUAUUUACUUUUUUUGGUGUCUACCUCAUCACUAGUCAACGAGAUGAAGACAAUGACGAAGACGCUGGUGAUGACGACGAUGAAGAUGAGGCCAUCCAUCUUAUUGAUGAGCAUGGCGAGGCUGUCGACGAAAGGACACCAUUAAAACACGAGAGUCGGCCAUCUACCUCUCAACUCACCAUUAGCCAACACGACGGUGGUGUAUCAGACGGGCUACAAACCCCUCGCCGCAACUCGAAUGCGUCGUCAUUAAUCCCUUCCAUUGCAGUAACACCCGCCGAGUCAUUCGAUCACCCCUUGGAACACAUGUUCCAACCUCCAAUCGAUGAGACAGAAAGCCAACUUCCACCACGUACACCUCAAAUCAGCCGCAUCCAAGCCGAAUCCGGCACGACACCUUUCUUCACCCCUUCAACCUCUUCACAAGGACUCCAACGCUCCAUGUCCACACCCGCCGAGAGCGAAACCCCAAGCAAACCCCCUCCUCCACAACGUCUAACCACAUCUCCCGGCCAUGCCACCCCCGACGUCCUCGUCGAAACAUCCGAUUUCUCACCUGAACCGAGCUUCCUGACACGAUCCGCACGAGGCUCCAUCUCACGCCUUCUACCUGGCCCCUUACUUCCACCCCUCUCAUCCUCUCUCAGCGCAUUAGUCGCCGACUCGCUCCUUCGCGGCGAAGGCUCCCCUCGAUCAGUUCGUGUCGCGUUACGCAGAGGUCGCUCUGCACGACAACAAUCUUGGCAAGAAGACCACCGUCGACGUAUGACCACUGUCGGCGACGACGAAAAUCCACUUCUUCCUCGCUCAUCAGAGGAUCUCAGCCGGUCACAGACUCGCGAUACGAUGCCUUUGCCUGCGGUGAGAGAUAUUAUCGAGGGGCAACCGGAUCAGGAAACCAGACAGACGCGAUUGCGUGCUCUCAGUGAGACGUUGUCGGGAAUGAUUGGGAGAGGGAAAGGGAAAAGGAGGGAUGUCGAUGCGGAUGAGGAGUCGAGUGGGACUCCGAGUCGGAAUCAAAGUACUUCUUGAGAAAGAUGUCACAAUUUUUUGAUGUGACCUGACCUGACCUGACCUGACCUGACC